AUGAAUAAAACAGUAUUAAAGUUAUUAAGAGCAUUACUUAUUUUAUGUUCUUUGAUUCUAGGGCUUCUUGCAUCCUUAGCUUUUGUUUGGAUAAGUGAGAACAACUCGGAGUAUUCACAUUAUUAUUUAGAUGGAGUAAAAUUCAACAAUGAAGAGAAGAAAUUAGCUUUUACAGACGCAGUGAAUAAGGCAUGCAGUUUCUCUGAAGCUUACAAAAUAAACAAACAGGACGCGAUGGAAAAUCAGUCGUUUUCUAAGUUCUUUUCUGGGAGAGAUCCAAUGAUUGACCCUAUAGCCUAUUGUGAGUCAAUUACGAGUUUGAAAACCCCAAGUAUUAUUACAGAGUCUAUCUUAAUUGCCAUCCAAAUACUAAUUUUUCUAAUUUCCGCACUAUCUAAUACAAAAGUUAUUCAAGGGGCACCCGAUGCAGUCACACUAAUUAAAAGAUUGAACUAUAUCGCCAUUUUUUAUGGAGUAUGCUCACUAAUUAAUCUAGUUUCAAUAUUUUACUAUUCGAGUGUAGGAGGUGCUUUAAUAUCAGAUACUGCUAUAAGUUGGAAAUUCUCUAUAGGUUUUUAUGCUGCAUCAUUUGUAGCUUUACUUCCGAUAGGUAUUUCAUUAACAUAUUGGUAUGAAGGCGUACUUUGGCACAACUUAUUCGAGCAAGAUAGGCUUCAGUGGGAAACUGAUAGGAGCAAUGUACAAAAUUUGACAAAUAAUCAACAAUACAACUAUAUUCAAGUUCCAACUGAUUUCAAUAGUGUAAUGGGUGGGUUAAAAUCACCUUCAGAAAUGGCAAGAACAAUUGAAAAAAAUGUGGAGAAGAGACAAUUGAGUGAGCAAAUAUAG